AAGGGGCGGGGCGGAGGCGCGGGGCCGUGAGGGGCGCUUCCGGCGGGGCCGGUACCGGGGGAUGCGGGUGCGCGUGCGGAGCUGGCACGGAGUCGCCUCCUGGCUCUGGGUGGCCAACGACGACAACUGCGGCAUCUGCCGGAUGGCCUUCAACGGCUGCUGCCCCGACUGUAAGGUUCCCGGCGACGACUGCCCGCUGGUGUGGGGCCAGUGCUCGCACUGCUUCCACAUGCACUGCAUCCUCAAGUGGCUGAACUCGCAGCAGGUGCAGCAGCACUGUCCCAUGUGCCGCCAGGAGUGGAAGUUCCGGGAGUGACACCGGGCCCGGGGACACGGGGACAGGGGACACGGGGACAGGCCCGGCCCGCACCGGCCCCGCCGCCCCGC